CAACGGCAGCAACAUGGUUGCUGCCGUAAAAAAAAUUAAAUCUUUGCUGAAUGAGUCCAUUGCAGUAUCGACUUUAUUGUUCGAAGAUGAUGAGAACAUACCACAGGAAAGAGACCUCAUUGAAGAGCUUGAGCUAGAGUGGGAUGCACGGAUAUCCCUUGUUCGGUGCGCGGUUCAUUCCCUCCAACUUGCGAUUGCGGAUGUUUUUGAUAAAGCUGAUCCGAAUCUUAAAUGCAUCACGGAAGUAGUACGUCAUCUACGUCAAAUUAAAUAUAAAUCAUUCGUCGAGGUUCAACAACUUGCCCUCCCUCCGCUCUGGUCACCAACACGUUGGGGCGGUAAAUACAAAAUGUUGUCUAGCAUUUUAAAGCAAGAAGCGAAAUUUGUUGAACUGGGAACUCAGUAUUCUGAAAUGUGUUUGGGCAAGGAUGAUUGGAGAUUUAUCAGAGAUUACGUUGAUGCUACCAGGCCGUUAUAUCACUGUACAAAGGUUAUGCAGGCCGAUCAUUAUCCCUUGUCACAAUUCUACAUCGACUGGUUGGUUGCCAUUCAGGAGAAUUUUAUUGCAGAUACUUGGAAACGAAUUCGCUCUCUAAGCCCAGUGGUGUCUUCUGAUGAAAAGGAACACACGAAUGCAUUUGACUUUAACGACAAAGUCGAUGAUAUAUUGACCAAAAUGUUUGGUGGGACAUUCAAUACAAGCUCUGACAAUUCUUCAACUUUUUAUAAUCAAAUAAGAGCUUUGGAUACACAGGAUCGUCAGCCCCAUACUUUCAAUGUGUGGAAACACUGGGUAGCUCGUAAAUAUACCCACCCGGAACUACACUCCGUAGCUAUGGUUGUUUUGGCUACACCAUCCAGUCAGGAGCGGAAACCCUUUCUAAUAUUCUUCUAGUCAAAUUGAACAAGGAUCUUUCAGAUAAGGUUAUGUCA